AACCAGUGAAUAUCAAUUUUCAUAAUGGAUGUCAUCAUCUAUAUAAGCUAAGAAGAAUAUUUCUCAAUCGUUUGAUACAAGAUUCAACAACGUAAUUUGAGGUUGCAGUCAACGAAAGUAUGUUGGUGAUUUUGAUGGGGAUGAUGUUGAGCCUCGGAAAUACUGCAGCAGUCACGAAUUUCAGUUUAUCAGUUCCUGAUGGCCCGAUUCCAGUCCAGCUGGGAUCCUCUGCCACUCUGCCCUGCCAGAUCAACCCUCCUCUUAAUGCUCUACCAUUUAAAGUGCACUGGUACAGAACUGAUGAGGCUAAAACUCCAGUUCUGUUAUACGAGAACCAGCAGAUCAAGGAGACAUCUGCGGACCCUCAGUACAGGGGGAGAGGUUCUCUUGUAGGGGACCUGGAGAAGGGAGACGUGUCUCUAAAACUGGAGAACCUCAUGCAGGCAGACAGGGGAGCAUAUGAAUGCUUUGUGAAGAGUGACCUCUGGUAUGAAAAAGCCAGUGUGUACCUGAACAUGAAAGUUGUAGGUUCAGUUCCCCUGCUUUCAUAUACUGUAGUGGACAAAGACCAGUUGAAUGUUACCUGUGUGUCGGAUGGUUGGUCUCCUCAACCAACACUCACCUGGAGAAACAGAAAAGGAAGAGAAUAUAAUGACAACAACCCAGUCUGUGAAUACACAACAGAUGCUGAUGGUCUGGUGAGAGUGAGUUCAUGGCUACUGGUCUCUCCCUCUAAGUCAGAGUGGAUCUCCUGCUUUGUGUAUCUGUCUGAUCAGGAGAUGAAGCAGGGUAGGGUGUUACCUCAGAUCGCCAGAACACAGGCAGAGACUAUCCCCUUGGCCAACACCACUAGUUUCCGGUAUACUAAAAUUAUUAAAAGUGAUGAGACAGGCAUGGUCCGUCCCGUCGGUGUGGACUGA